CCACACUUCACCCGCUCAUCACUCCCUUCGUUCCCCUUCUUCCACCCCUGCAGGCCCUGACCUCGCAGAAUGAAGUUUCUCGUCUCUCGGUCGCUGGAGGAACUCAAUCUUGUCUUCUCCGGCUUGUCGUCGCAAGGCAUUCUCGGCCGCAUCGAAAACUACUCAUGCAAGCCGUCCGGACGGGACAAGCGGAUGGAGAAGAACCUCGACGCCCGUAUCCGCUCGGAGAUUGCGUCGUCACCAGAGAUGACCUCGCUAACUGCUUCGGCUGCCAGCGGGAGCAGUUCUAGCGUCGGCCAGCUGCUGCCACCCAUUGCAUCCGCCUCCACCGCGUCUGGAGCCGCCGUGCCGAGCCAGGCUGAUCUGGAGCGGCUGGCGGCCGAGGCGGCCGCCGGCACCUCGGUCGCCUCGAGCUCAAGCCAGCUCUCGGUUGGCUCACCGUCCACCCUCUCGCGCUCGCCCACAACACCCUACACAGAGGCAUUUCGCUACGACAUCUCAGACUCGCCCUUUGGCUCGCUCAUCGAGCCCGCCAACCGCAUGACCAUGAUUCACCUCAUCGAGGUUCUCAACAUGUCGUUUACUGACUACGACUUUUCCGGCCUCCGCGCAAACUCAUUCGAGCGCCUGCGCCUCGCCGAGGCACUCUCUCGCCUCGACGCCACCCUCGCCCCGCUCUUUCCCUCCUACCACAUGACCCUCAAGCCGCGCCUCUGGAAGACCAUGGAGCAGGAGAUCGAGCCGUCGGCCUGCGAUGUCUACGCCUACCUUCCCGACGAGGCCUACUCCUCGCUCUUUGUUGAUGCCCUCUGGUCGGCGAAUCUUUUUUCUACAACCCCAAGCUCCGCCGCAUCAUGUUCAUCUUCAUCAUGGCCUCGCCCACCGUCUUCCCCAACUCGGACGACAUCAUCUCCAUGUUCAAUCUCAACGGCGUCGUCUCUAUGGGCGGCGACGGCAUGUCCGACAUGAUGGUCCACGGCGAGCUCGAGCCGGAUGACGACAUCCGCGGCAUGGACAUCGAGGACAUGAUGUGACUGCACCCUCAGCUUCUCGGUCCUGCUCCCUCGUAAACUGUAACUCUCUC